AUGUAUGAUUCAUAUCAGGCGUUUCUCCGGUGGGACAACGCGCGAAUGGAGCAAACGAAAACAGCGGGAGUUAAACGGAGUUACGAAACGAGCAGUGGCUUUGCGAAUCAGCCAGAUGCCUGUCCACAGGCAACAGCCAACAUCGGAAUCUGCGCAACCCCAAUUGGCUUCUUCUACAGAUGUCCACAGGACGGCGCGGCACCGCCAUCUCGCGACGCUCUCCUGCUUGGCUGCCAGGUGGGCCUCAAGCGUCACUCCCUCUUUAAAGCUUCGGCGUGUGUAAAACAUAAGGGACGUUUCCGCCAUCGCCUGCGUGACAGCGAAUCCACUGGACUGUCGGUUAACCAGCCGGAUGACUCUCCGGUCCACUCCUCAUUCUUUCGACCGCAUAGUGUCAACCGUUUCACUCUGCUCACACCUCCCGACGAACGGGACGAGACGUCUGAGGAGAGAAAACGAAGCACCCCUCUUUAUCACACCGGUGAUGCGCAGGGGACGCCUGGCCUCGAAGAGAGCAAUCCCAUUCUGUCUGCUCCUUUCCCGCCAACUAGUGCGGAGCGGUUCGCCAUUGGCCGCGAUCUUCUGUACGGCCCCCGAAAGACUCGAAAUAUAACUGCGCCAUGGCGUAGAGAGCAGAGGUGCUCCUCCGCUGCAGAGAGGGGCGCCGGCGUACCAGACGAACAGCGUUUUCCUGGUCCUUUGAGUUUCUACGACGACCGCCAACUCCCUGGUCCUGAAGUGAUGCUGGCCUCUCCUGAAGAUGUCUAUAUUCUCGACUUCGACCACGUUAUUCACACCAACACACGCGAGCUCGUUCAGACAGCUGUCCGCGCGUGGCGCAGAAUAGAGAAGGCUUCCCAAGCAUGUAAGUCAGGCCAUACCCGACAGCAUGCGGGCAUGAGCGCUACUCGCGGACGGAAGUUGGAAAAGGCACAGCGGAGUUCCAGGUCUAGCUCGAAUUCCUCGACAGCGCCCCGAGUCCCUCUGUCUUUGCUGUUUUCUUCUGCGCGUUUUGAUGGCGAAACCCCUUUCUGGUUCUUGGAGCGCGCCCGUGAUAUUCGCCGAGCGGUGGCGCUUCGAGGCGUUGCAGACUUUAUGGUUGCAAUGCGCCACGUUCUCGACGAGGUCGUAGAGGCAGAAACGCGCCGGGGGGAGAGCGUGGACGCGUUCGUGGAGGAAAAACAGCGAGUCUUUCGUGCGGAAUGGAACACAAUGGACGACUUAGAGAGAAUGUGGCUGCUGACGCGCGAAGGCGACAUGGGCGACGUGCGAGACGUUCUCGCGUUCAAAAGGGGUGCUGGAGGAGAAUUUCCGUGGGCGGUUCGACGCCUCCGCGGGUGGGAAAACCAGGACGGAGCCCGUCGUUCGGAGGUGUAUCGUCGCUAUGGGGUGACAUCCGAGGAGCUUCAAGAAGCCUUUGACAUUUCGCGGCGAGAGUGGCGGGCGAACGACGCCGCAACGUGGAAUGAGCAUGUCAAAUACCGGAGCGACACACGGCACCUCGACCCAGUCGACGUCGAGCGACUUGAGGCUUACGAGGGCUUCAAUCCUGCAGCUGUUUGUCUUAUCAACAACCACAUCAACAGCUGGCACCGCCCGGUGCACAUUAUUUCCGCCUGGGAGCGCUCAGAGGAUCUUUUCCGCAUACUAAAGCAGAUAGGCCUCAAAUUCGACCACGACGAUGCGAGACGACUUCUAUUUGUGUACGGGAGAGAUGAAAUGGAGGACGCCGCGGCUGCCCAAGCCGACAAACAGCAAGGCGGAGGAAAUCAAAUUUCGUGGAAGAAAGCGGCGCUUGUGAAAUCCAUUCUGCAGAAGUGGAAGCCCAAGAGCGACUCCUGGCGACCAGUACACGUCAUUGACGGUGAUGUGCGGGCUUUACUGGUCUUCGCCCGUGACAGCGAGCUAGCUGAAGCACAUCUGUACUUCUGCGAAUGGGGGCAUUCAGCGAUCGACGACAAGGUGAAGGCGUUUUUGGCUAGCAAAAUUAAGUACUUGAAAGAAAGCAUGCAGCUGGUCAAGUUGAUGGGCACACCAGCAGACAUUCCAGCUCGCCAAUGGACACACGGGUUCACAAGCUGCCCCCCGGAGUGGCUGGAGGCCUACAAGAUGAUGCCGUGGCUACGGUGGGCCGAUCUCAAUGACAAGGAGGAGGUCAUCGUGCAAGAUUUCGCAAUGCCGCCUCCAACAACCUCUCCUAUUACCAGUUCCAUCAGUUUUUAA